UAAGUACUGUACGUAAACACGUUUUGCGAGUCUUGCAGCUUUUUCGUGUUUUUGACAGCAAGCGUUUCCUAGGAGCAACGUACCUGCUCCCAAGGGCGGAGGGGAUCGUUUCUUCAGAAAGACAGAAACCAGUUUUUCCACCAAUUUUUCACUUUCCGAAGAUGUUUUGUUUCCCUUCAAUUUUUUGUUGUGACUAACCGUGGAGUAUAUAGUGUAGAGUCUGUAGACUACUGCGCUUUGCUGACUAUACCCAUUAACAGAAGUUUCCUUGUUUUUUUCGCCCGCGGCGAAAGCAUUUCAGUAAGUUGGUGCAAUAACAGGGCUAUCACCUACUUUAUAAUUAUCUACAAUUUUAUAUCUUUUCGCGGCUAUCAUGAUUCAUGAAACAGUACUUGAUGGUUAAUACAGUUUCCUAAUUAUUUUUUUAUAAGUAUUGCAGCAAGUGUUUGGUUUGGAGGAUACUAUGGCACUGGCAACCAGACAACGGCCGCAGAUAUGGUAAUAUCAUGACGUGUUAAUGGAGAAGAAGACACAGAUCAUUCAGAUUACGUACACAGUACACUACAAAUCUGUAAUCAAUAAUGGACAGCGAAAACCAGCAGCCUGAUUCCUUCUCCUUUGUGGCGGACAAUUUGUAUCUAGGAAGUUACCGAUCCAUCUGUGCCUUGCAAGAUGCCGCUAAAGAAUCAUGUUCAGCGAUUUCCAGUUCCUCCUUGGAAGUUGACAGUCCAGCGGCUACAGUAAGCACCGAACUGGCUUUAACACGGGAUACGCUUUCCAAAUCAGCGAUUCUGACUGUUGACACUCAACGCCUUCCCCCGGAAGUCGCAAAUGCAUGCCGCUCUUACAAAUAUAUUAAAGUGGAGGAUUCAUUUUGUUGUGAUUUGCUUUCUCAUUUUGACGAAGCCAUUGUUUUUAUCCACGACAACCGCACAACGCGAACCCAUGUUUUGGUACACUGCAAUGCAGGAAUCUCACGAAGCGUGACAGUCGUUGCCGCAUAUUUGAUGAGGGAAAAGUGUUUUGGCGUUGAUGAUGCUCUGGGUUUGAUACGGACACACCGCCCUGGAGUGAUGCCGAAUUCAAAUUUUUUGGAGCAAUUGCGCUUAUAUGAACUGAUGGGAAACAAAAUCGAUGUGUCUAGUAGACUGUACCGUCAGUGGAAGUUGAAGAUGGCCGCUCCAACAGGAAUUCCGGAGGGCGAUAUAGAAUCCGUGCUGGUGGAUUCACCGCAAACGACGGAUUCUGCACGAGAAUGCUUUUGUUGUAGAAUAUGUCGGUGUCCCCUAUUUCUGCCGGAUAACCUUUUGACUCACCGGCCAUCCGAUGCUAAUGUUGCUGACACUUCCGCGGCAUUUCCAUCAAAAGUCAACAAACCGUUGUCAGAAUCUGGCACUUGCUCACGAGGUGAACUGUUCAUUGAACCUGUGAUAUGGAUGAAAGACGAAAUUAUGGAAACACGUGGAAAGCUCAAUUGUCCAAAAUGCAAAAAGAAAGUGGGGACCUUUUCGUGGGUUGGUGAACGUUGCCCAUGUGGGACAUUUGUGACACCUGCAUUCCAUAUGGAUAAGGGAAAAGUCGAACACCGGAAGCGGUUUUCAAACCCCAGCUGAAAAUGACCUAACGAGCGAAAUUAUCGAGUGUACAAAAGUGGUGUUUUGAUGUUUUAGUAUGGGUUUGCUCUCGAAUAAGUUCGUUGCCUUGGUUUGGGUUUUUUAGCAGAUUGUUGAAAAGGUAGUUAUAAAGUUGAUCCCGGUUGAAAUUAAUAGUACUAGUAUUGCGCAACCUUACAGAGCUAGAUUUCCGAUAGAUAGUGUGUGUGUGAUUUGCUCAUUUAUGUGGUUGACGAGGGACCAGUGGGUAUGUUGAUUUUA